AUGCAGUUCUUCGCCACCAUCGCCGCCAUUGUGCCCUUCCUCGCCCUCGCCUCUGCCGCUCCCGCCACAAACAACCUGCCCAACGGCUUUGUCAAGCGCGACGUCGGCAAGGUCAAGAUCUGCACUGGCCCCGACAGCACCGGCGAGUGCUUGGAGCAGACCUACCCGACGAACCAGUGCAUCGUCCUGCCUGAGCCCUACAACGGCAAUGUCCUGACCUUCAUCCCCGACUCUGGCAACCUUGUCCGCGUUACCAACUCUGCCGAGUCAUGCACCCUGCACGGCGACCUGUUCCUCGAGUACCCCGGCUCCACCCAGUUCGACGACUACAACGGCGUCGACUACAGCAACGCCACCUCCUUCCUCAUCCAGCGCUGCGACGCCUGCGGCAGCACUGACGACUCUGCUUAA